AUGGCCAGUGGGUUGGCACGAAGUGGAAUUCUAGCGACAGCUGCGACAGCCCAACAGAGUUCUGGCAAUGGAUCUGGAUCUAAAGGCGGUGGUGUGAGAUUCUUGGAUCGUGUACGUGCUUUGCAGUAUCCUUACAACAAUGAAUUUGGGGUCGACAUAGACGAGGAUGUGCAUGACACUUAUGAUCGGGCAGAUGACGAUGAAACUAACUCUGGCGAUCUCUCAGUGGAAAACUUUUAUGACGCGAGUGCAGAGGACGCUAAAAACAAUGAGGUCAGGUUGGACCUUGACCCAACAGAGAGACUUAUUGAGGCAAUUGAGAGCCUCAGAGACACUAUAUCGGACAAUACAACAUUACAUCAAAAACAACGGGGUAGGCGGAAAGUAGCACGUAAUACAAAGGGGGGUCCAGGUGGCCUCACUAAAGCUGACGAGAGACUAAAAAUACGAAAAGACAAGGUUAUCGUAGAACUCAGGGUUGUUUUUCUAAAGGUCGGGGAAAUAGAUACAUUAAAAGAACAAUACAGUGCAGAUGCAUUUAUCCAAGCAAAAUGGCGAGAACCUGCACUGGAUGGAAAAUCGCAAGAUGAAAUAAAACAUAUAGAAUUAGAACGCUAUUGGAAUCCACUAUUAUAUAUAGACAAUAUAAUAAAUGAAACAAAGGAUCACACGUGGUUAGCGGCGACUGUUAACAGUAGAGGAGAAGCAUAUGUAAUGGAGCGGCGGAGAAUACGAGGCAUAUUUCUGGAAAACUUAGAGCUUAAUGACUUUCCACUAGAUGUUCAGGAUCUCACUAUUACAAUCUCGACAGAAAGACCCGACACUGAGAUAGAUAUCAUUCCAGAUGAAUACGAGAUGAGUGGAAUCAAUGUGCAGACAUUUGUAGAUCAACAGGAAUGGAAAUUACACGAGCAUAUUGAAGUGAACAGAAAAGUAAUGACUCAAGACUAUUCCACGCAGAGCAGGUCACACCCGGCACUAUCCGUCACAUGCAGGGCUGCUAGAAGACCUGGAUUCUUUUUCUGGAAUGUUUUUCUCAUCAUGUUCUUCAUCACUGCUCUAUCGUUUGCAACGUUUGCUGUGGAGCCGGACAAAGUUCACAACCGAUUGCAACUUUCCUUCACUCUUCUGCUCACGUCAGUAGCAUUCAAGUUUGUGAUCAAUCAGAGCCUUCCAAAAAUAUCCUAUUUAACAUAUAUGGAUAAAUACGUACUGCUGUCUUUGGUGAUCCUAUGUAUUGUGUGCAUUUGGCACUCGCUGGUUACUCUAUUUAAGGAUUAUGACUAUGAACCAAAAUUCAUAAAACACAUUGAAAGGGACGUCUUCAUCUCGUUCAGUGUAUUGUAUGUACUGGUGCAUAUAUUGUUCAUACUCUGGCUUUAUUUUGAUGCGUGUAAAAGAAGGCGAGAUAUGAAGCGGAAAGAUGCGGAAUACCUGGAGUUUCUUGCUAAACGAAAAGAGUGGCAAGAGAAAAUGCAAGCACACAAACCCCCUUCAAGGCGGACUAGCACAAUACUACUUCACAGUGUGCAUGCAAUGUAG